ACAGAAUUUCUUGCAGCGAGCAGACGCUUGGGAAGGUACUGAACUUCGCUUUUGUAUCCCUGCGACCGGUAAUUGGGCCACGAUGAGGUGGCAGUGUCAGCUGGCCUUUCUCCUCCUCAGUCUUAUGGUGGUGCUGCAUGACUCCUCUGCCGGUAGAGGAGGUAAAGGCGGUGGCUGGGGAGGCAGGAAAUCAAGCUCCUCUAGCAAGAGUACAUCAAAGACAUCCAGCAAGACGUCAUCGGGCUCAAAGACUCAACCUAAUUAUCCCAGGCAACCAAACCCAGCCGGUAGUUAUCCAGGAGCUGGUUACCCCAACCAGCAGUAUCCAGGGAGAGGGGGUGGAGGAUAUCCAAACCAGUAUCCUGCAGGUGGUGGAUACCCCGCGGCCGGCGGGUAUCCGGCAGGUGGUAGCUACCCCAAUCAGUAUCCAGGAAGAGGAGGAUAUCCCAACCAAAACCCUGGUGGAUACCCCGCAGCAGGUGGGUAUCCUGCAGGUGGUAGUUACCCCAAUCAGUAUCCAGGGAGAGGAGGCUACCCUAACCAGUACCCAGCAGCGGGUGGUUACCCUUACGCAGGGGGCUAUAACCCCGGAGGGUAUCCUGUAGCUGGAGGCUACCCUGGAAGAGGACAGGGCUGGGGCCAAACGGGAUAUGGGGGGGGGUAUCCGGCUGCAGGAGGGUAUCCCAACUGGAACCCAAACAAUCAAAUCCUCAGCCCUCGCUACGGUGGAGGUUUUGGCGGUUAUGGUGGUGGUGCUGGGUAUGGAGUUGGCGGGUCACCGUUUGCUAAUUCGGUAAAGAAUAUGGGUUAUAACCCUUCCGUGAAGUCCAAGGGCUUUGCCAAAAAGGCGAUGGUGGCCGCGGGCGUAGGGGCCGUGGCGGGAAUGGCGGUGGGUUACGGGAUUGGACGGUUUCCACGACCGCACUUUCAUUUCCACAGCCCUCAGGAGGAGUACUACUAUAACCACUACAUGUACCGUCGUUAUGGAACCCGCUCCACGGAUCAAGAGGACUUUGGCCGAGACUACGUCUUCAAGAAACCGGAGGAGGCCAAGAGCUAUGACAAGUACAUGGAUGAAUGCAUGGAGAGGAAAGACCUCUUAAACAACCAGAACACCAAAUCCAAGAGAUCUGUGGACAGCGGCGUUGUGCAGAGAGAUGAACCUCAAGGCGACCAGCCCACGCCUGAACCUCCAGGUCAGGAAGGAAGCCCCGGCUUAUCUAGAAACGGUACCGCGGAUCCGGCGGGGGCCGAGAGCAACGCGACGUCGGCUCCCGGCGCCGCGGAGAGGGAGCCGGCCCCUGCCGAGAACGCCGACGCCGGCGACGACACGGUGAGCAUCACGGAGAUCGGCUAUCCCGCGCUGAUCGAGCAGAUGAAAGCGCGGCGGUGCGUGGAACUGUACAUGGUUUACUCCGAACGCUUCUUGGAGAGACGGACGGCGGACAACCCCAACAACCCCAGCCAGCGUCCACACGGCCACGUGCUGCUCCUGCUCACCACGUCCUGCAUGCUGCUGAGCAGCACUCUGCUCCUACAGUGAUUUGAGGCGUAUGGUCCAUCCAGGACACCGUCAGGCACGCUUACAGAGCGCAUUCACCGC